AUGUACUAUGAUGAAGAAUUUUAUUCUGAAGAUUGUGAAUUUACAAACCUUUAUGACAAUUUUCACUGUGCUGAUAUAUAUAAGAAAAUAAGCAUGGUACUUUCUGAUAUUAACAUUUGCCUGCAGUUCUUUACUGUACUCAUCAACAUUUUACAUUUAAUUGUUUUGCUUCAAAAAGAGCUGCGAUCUGGUGCAAUUUAUAUAUUGAUGAUUGGAAUUUCUGUGGCUGAUAUCCUUGGUUACUCACUUGAUUUUUACAAUGUCGGCUUUGAAAGAAUGUGGUUUGAAUCAAUUCCUUUUUAUAAGAAUACUAAUUGCUUACGAGGUGACUUUGUGCAAGUCACCUCCGUUAAUAUUCUCAACAUAUUCGUGCAAAUGGCACGGCCCACGGCGGUUUGGCUAGCGAUGAUGAUGGCGUUAAUAAGAACACUGUCAGUAUUUUUUCCGAUGAGCAAUUGGAUCCAGAAGCUUGCAAAAGCUAAGACUGCAAUUUUAAUAGUAUUAAUUAUGUUUACAUUUUGGAUACUUUAUUAUUCGUCACCGUACUUCGAGAUGGAAUUUCGAUGGUAUCCGGAUAUUUUGAUUAAGUCUUGCUAUAAUUACAAAGAACACCUCAAUCACACCUACUACGUAUUGGUAGUUUCUAGAGCAAAAGACAGAAAUAUGGAUAAGUUUAAUAAAAUAGAUCUCAUCUUUCGGUUCGCUUCAGUUAUUUUAUACCCAACUCUAACUAUCACUCUACUUUUGCAAUUGAGAACAAUCAAGAAAAAAAGACAGAAUAUGAAUAAAAACGCGUUGAAUGACCAAUCGUAUAAAACAAACAAGAUGAUUCUCAUGAUGACUAUAUUUUUCAUGACUUCCGAGGGUCUUCCUGUCAUUGGAUCAUAUAUUCUUGAAAACUUCAUCUUGUCUAAACUAAUUUACGAAGAGUCGAUGACUGAUAUUGUAUCACUACUUGGACUUUCACAAUAUGUUUUCUGGAAUCUUCGUACAAUGAAUGGAAUUUCUCAUGCUUUCGUAUGUUUUGCAAUGUCCUCACAGUAUAGAGAAACUGUGAAGAAAAUGUUAUGUAUCACGAAAAAGCAAGAUAGAGGACAAAAUAUAUUGGUUAUUUCGACUGCGUCUGUUAGCUCGCAGAGUUCAAAAAGGACAAGGAUGAAAAAUAUUUAA